ACGGUUGUGAGCGUUUCGAAUUGCUUCAGGCAGGUGAAAGAGGGCAUUUCUUCGCGCGGCUGCUCUCUGUUGAAAUCCCAGAGUUCCUUUUUCUGCCAGCUUUUUCUCCUUAUGCUGGAGCGUGUGACACUUCCAGAGUGAAGUAGAGUUGCUGCUAGUAAAAGUAGGCGAGGAACAAGUUCAAACGGAUGAAGUUAAGACGAGUAAUGUAAAUUGAAUUUUCAGACAUUGACUCGAGCAAGCGAUUUGUAUUGCAUUCGAAGCGAAGAAAAAAACACUUGAAGAAGAUAUUGAUCCGAUUAUCUUGUUUAGUGGUUCUGAGAAGUUAUGUAUGUGACAAUUGUUAGAUGGGAUGUUAAAUGGCUUGUAAUUAGUCGAAACAUUUAGAAACUGCAAUCUGAUAGACCCUAGAACCAAUUGUAGACUGGAUGAACAAUAGUGGAAAAUCGCUGAUUACCAUCGAAUGAAACCAAGUAGAAGGAAAAAACAAUUAGGGAAAACACUUCCUUGGUGUGAGUGUUCGUCUGCUCAAAGUGGCGACAGCUAAAGUUUAUUAGAGCAAGGAGAACGGUAUACCAUCGAUACCAAAUCUAACAUCAGACAAUAUGUUGAUUAAAUUAGUGAAAGAAGAUUUCCCGUGCUUCAAAAAUGGAUUUAUAUAACAGUAUCUUCGCUUGAUAGAAACGUUCCGAGUUUAUUUUUGCAAGAUGCACAGUGGCAAUUUCAUCUCGCCCCGACACCCGGCCGUUCCCGUAUCGAUUGGCAUUGCGUCAAUCGUGCUCGAGGGCAGACCUGCUAUACUCGAUGACGAUGCACCACCACUUUCCGGUGACAACGCUGCGGCUGAUGGGAGUCCGAGUGGUGGUAGUGGCGGCGUGCCGGACAAAGACCGUGGGUUUUUCACGCCAACAGAUUGUGGCAGACGAUACAAAGCGGCGGGAGGAACAGCCAACCAAGACAAUCAACACCAUCUGGUGGCUGAAUGUCAGAAAUCGUUCAUUACCAACGCGGCCAAAAGAAUAAACCUUAAGCUUCAGCAAAUUCGUUCCUGUCCGGGUUCCAGUAAGGAUGUUGUUGUCGAAAACGUUGUAACCGUGGAAGCUGGCUCUUCCGGAUCUGGUCACGGGGGACGCUUUCGUGGCGGCGAGUACGAUGGUUAUGGAGUGGAAACGUUCGUCAGUGAGGCUCGCAGUGAAAGCUCUUCGUUGAUGUUUAGUGCCAAAGCCUGGAGCCGGAAUCAUAUCUACAGCGGUUUCGAAAAGAUGAAACUCCUUGGUGCGGUUUCUCCGAUGAAAAUCCAACCCCCAACUCCGUUCCUCAACUUUUCUGCCACAGUAAAUUCGAAAAAGAAGUCAUCUGACAGCGGUAACACCAGUCCAACGGCCACCAAACAGCGGCCACGCGAGGGGCCUCAUUGUGAACAGUUUCUGAAGAAAAUUGGAGUCGUAAAGCUGGAUCCGCACGAUGAGGUAGAGCACAGCUGUAGCUACCGAAACGAAUUUUGCUUACGUUGGCAGGCAUAUUUCAAACAGCUUUCGUCUCUGUUGACCAGAGGGGAAGCCAUUUGCAUUGAGAUAUAUCUCGGUCCCGAAAACCACGCUAUCUUACUGGAACAAUGGAUUUUAAAACUUAAAAUAAAAAACUCUGAAUCGACAAUGACACUUCAAUCAUUAUGUGCUGCCAUACGUAGUCAAUUACACUUCUCGCAAAUCUCCGCGUGGACAGAUCUAAUAAAAAAUUCCCUCGAACCUGAAAUUUUCAACAAUCCUCGUAUCAGGAAAGUGCCCACUGGCUGUUCAUCUGCUUGCUCUAAACCUCCCGACUCUAUCGAAAAUGACACCAACGGUUCAACGUCGCCCUCCGUGCUGCCCAAGGCAAAGCUGGACAUCCUUUUCCGCAUCCGCGGGUACGACAAUACCGCUUGCUUCAAGGAGAACCCCCACGUACACAACUUUCCGGCCACUAUUAUCGCCGAGAACUACGCGAUAGAGGUGUGUCUGAAAAGCUUGCCGCGGAUGGAACGGAUUCCGGGAGUGCAAGCGGAGCUCUCCUCCAAGAUAGAUACUAACUUGAUAAAUGACCAAAUGGAUUUGCCGUGUCAUGAGAAGGGGAAGCAUCGUUGUAGCUUUCAAGAGGAGGAAGAUGAUCCACAAAUGGGGGAUGAUGAUUUAUCGUCCGCGGCGAUUAGUCAUCGGGAGAAACAGCUGAUGAAGUACAAAAAACGCAUGAUGAAACGGGAGAAGAAGAAGAAAGCGGUUGCUCAGGAGAUAACCUCCACAGGAAUUAUUACAGGAAGCGAUGAGAUUGUAGAAAACCCUCCGAUGUGUAAAUCGCCAGCAUUGAAUAUACCUACGGUGAAUAAUCUUUCUGGCAGCUGCAACGUUACGCCGUACACAUCCUCAAUCAAUCUCAUCCAACCACCGCUGUACUCGAAUUGCGAUGAUCUUUACCAACCAGUCUCGUGUGCAAACAACACGAAAGCUACUCAGACUGCCAUUUUUCACAGCAUGUCAAACAGUGGUAACGUCGCUUCUGUUGGUACCCAAACGGAAGCGAGUGGGUGCUGUUGUCUCUAUGCGAAGCAACAGCACGAGUCGUCGGAGCCUGGUAGGAAAACCACGAGCACAAUCAGUGAUAGCAAAAUGCAAUAUAACCAUAAUAGUUAUAAUCGUCGUGAUUACACUAAUGAAAACUGUGAUACAAGCCACCCAGCAGAGGGCGGUGAUGCUGUGGUCCGAGAUAAGCAGCUGGUACAUCUGCAACGCGAAGAAUCCAAGGGUCUCCGGAAAGGUGAGAUUCUUCUGCAGGCUAUCCAGCGCACGGCUAUCAUCAAUGACCACCAUCAAUCGGAGGUGGCACAUUUCAAAAACAAUAAUUUCUAUAGUAGCUACAUUGAUAAUAACAAUAUUGGUAGUAGUGAUACGUCAAGGUGUGAGCGAAGCGAAUGUGAUACUUUUGCUUUCGAUGAGGAAGCGCUAGAUUUAGGUGACUGUCGUUUAUGCAAACGACAAAAAACGAAGCAUAAUUUUAGAUUAGCUCUCAAUAAGUCGGAUAGUAUUAGCAGCAACAGCAGCAAUAACAAUAGUCCCCCCGGAUGUCGCCGGACGCUGUCGGAGAGUCUAGUUGGCCAUUUCACUAUACCAUCUUCGCCCGGUGACGGUGAUCUCUCGGGCUCCAACGCAGAUCAUAUACACCGUUCGAAUGGGCACGAUUCUUGUGAUCUCAGUGUUGCCCUGAGCAGUUCGACCGGAGCUGUUGGCAGUGGAACGUUAUCGUUUGAACAGCUCAAAAGCUAUCGGCGUGCUUUCUCGGAGGAUGUUAUCGAUACGAUCAAUCUAAACCAUGAGUUCGAUUCGAAGCCUAUUGGUACACUCCAUGGAAACGAUUCCUUCCAAAAGUGUGAUUGCCCGGCUUUGUAUGUUCAAAAAACAUCCGUCGAUUACUACACGGGGAGCAGUUCGCCAUUCGUCAGCCCUAAUGUUUGCCGACUGCAAACAUCGACGCCGGCGACUGGCAAUACCCCCAUAUACGUCAGUUGCACAGAAAGUGAUUGCUCCAUCAGCACGGCCAGCAGCGUGUCACCUCACAAGAAGCAGAUACUCAGUUGCACGACCACUUCUGGGAAUAUGCCUUCGAAGAGAUCGACAUCUCCGUCGUAUUUUACGAUUCCGAAGAUAAAUCUAUCGAAUGUUUUCAACAUAUCGCCAUUAGCACGCGAAGAUUCUGGUUUCAUCAGUAGCUCCAGUCCCAUUCCCAUCGAUGGAAGUAUAUUCAAUUUUACCGAAGGAACGGAACACUCAGUUAUAAAGAAAUCCAGCUCGGCUCCAACGUGUCAUCUUUCACCGGGCUCGUUAUCGCCACGCUUUCUAAAGCACGUUUAUAAGCAUCAACGUAGCCGCCAUCUUUCCGAACGAAGUACAGUUUCCGAACGUUCAUCCAUCGGCUCAGACGAACAGCUAUCGGAAGAUGAGCACCCUUGCUUGUUGGAUUUCCCCACAGUCAGUUGUGGCAGCUACUUUCAGCUCGGCUCUACCACAGUUCCGCGCUCACCGCCAAGGAUUAAUCCUGCCCAGCGUCCGUUCAACAAGUCAUUUAGUAAAAAUCUUUUCCGCUUCGGUCGCUUGCCAUUGAUGGGUACGCUGGAAGAAUCGCUGCUACAAAGACGAAUCACUCCCAAGUUCCAAGUGGCCGAUUUCAAAGUGCUGCUCGGGGCGUCAGGGAGUUUCUGUCCGACCCAACUAACCAUACCGGUCGCGUCGUACUUCUACGAACUGCCGGGCCAACAUCUAACAACUCCAUACGUGUCCGAGUUACGUCUUCCAAGAAAAGGCUAUUCCAUCCCGCGUCAGGGGACGGUGCAAGUUACGUUGCUCAAUCCACUAGGGACCGUGGUGCGGAUGUUUGUUGUUCCGUACGACUUCCGCGACAUGCCGGCGAUGUCAAUGACCUUCAUCCGCCAACGGAUACUGGCGUGUGACGAUAGUAACAAGGAUGCGCUGGCAAGCGGGAGGCCGGUAGAACAGCUCAGCAACGCCGAACAAAUGAGGCUGCUGCGGUACGCUAUCCACCUAAGAUUCCAGACAUCCCGUUCAGGCAAACUGUCGCUGCACACCGACAUCCGACUAUUGAUCUCGCGCCGUACGGACUGUGAUACGGCGGCGGCCCAUGCGAAAAACUUACUGGAGGCACCGAACGAACUCAAGGUAGUAACGAUUGUUCCGGAGAAUCCCAAAUACAGUCUACGAAUAGACAAGCAGUAAGAAUCUUCGGUCGUCCGUCGUUUUAUGUCUUAGGGGCUUCAUUUUAAAAAUGAGCGUUUUUCAAAAUUUUUAAUUUGUUCGAUCCUUUGUUUCCCGUCGCCAGCAGUUGUGUGAUUUUGGGGUGUUUUACGUCGCAUGGUUCGUGUUAAGGCACUCUUGAAAGGGUUGAUCCUAAUCGGGAGCAUUAAAACGAACACAUUUGCGAAACAUUGAACCACGCUUGUGAGACACCUUGUAUAAAUUUAUUUUAUUGCGCUGAUUGAAACUAAAAUUAAAGUUUUUAUGAAUUCCGUAGUUUAUAUAAUAAAUUAAAAAACGUUACGUGUUUGUCUGAAUGCAGUUCGCACAAAACUGUAGAGAAAGAAUGAGCGAAACUGUCAGAGUUGAUUUCGCGGAAUGCAAUUACGACUUGAAUUAAAGACCAUCGGAGUUAUAGUUUUGUGAUUGAAUGGAUGUUGUUCACUGGCGAUUUGUCCGUAAGCUUGAAGUGGGUAUAUGCAAGGACGCAAAAAAAAUCCAUCCUCAUUUGAAAUCAAAGUUUUCCAAUAUUAAAAUUUGUCUCAUACUUUCGGUAUUUCAGUCAAUACUACGUAAAAGUAUGUAAUUAGUAGAUCAUUUUGCCAUUUCGGUAUCGUUGAUUUAUUUUUUAGAAAAAAAAAACAAAAAAUUACUUUUGUUCCUAAAUGGGUGAGUGUGAAAAAAUCCACUUCAUGGUUUGUUUGAAAAAAUUAUGAAUAGUCAAUAUGACCCCCUUUGGCCUCGAUCACCAAUUGACCACGCUUUGGCAUACUCUUCACGAGGUUUCGAAGGUGUUGAGGGUCCAGCUCGUCCCUAACUUUCUUCAACGCAGCAAAAUAGUUUUGCUUGUUCGUAACGUCAGUUUUGUCCACUUUGUAGUCUCAUAAAUUCUCAAUAGGAUUCAAGUCGGGGUUUUGGACCAUUGGUUUGAUCCGGGCCAAUCGGAAGAAUUCUGCUGUUUUCUUCGCAUUAUGUUUCGGGUCAUUAUCUUGCUGGAAAGUGUAGUUAUCCUCCAUCCCAUUUUUAGCAUGGAUUCUUCCAGGUUCUCGCUCAAAACGUCGAUGUAACUAUAGGUAGUCAUAAUACUUUUGACCUGCGCUAAGUUUCCCAUCCCAGCUCACGAGAAACAGUCUCACACCAUGAUGCUUCCACCAACGUGCUUCAUAGGCGGUCGUAGAUCCCGAUUCUGAAGGCGCUCGUCGCUUAUCGGCCACACUCGGAGUCGUCUUUUCUAGUUAAACGACUCGAACAUGGAUUCGUCCGACCAAAUGGAGCGCUUCCAGAACUCCAGUGGCUUGUUGAUAUGGUCUCUCGCCAACUGAAGUGGUUUUUUUGUGUUGCUAAUCACCAGUUGCUUUUUCAGAUCGCAAUUUAUCUGUACUGGAAAGCAAAAUAACGUGUCGUAAUUAUUUGCAUUUAGUAUGGAAUGUACAUGGAAGAAACAAAACAAUGUUCAAACUACUCACGGUUUCAUGAAGAUUUGAGCCAAAAUUUUCAUAAAAUCUUGUAACUGUUUGUUUUUUAACAGAUGACAAUUGUAUUGUGGCUUAUUUCCAUUCAUAUAAUUGCUGUGGUAAAAAGGUCCAGAGCAGUCGUAUACUUCGUUCUCGAAAGCAGUAACAUUUUCAGUGAAAUUUUGAUCAAAUGAAGAUUAUUUUCUCACAUCAUACACACCGACACUGAGAGCCUUCAAAACAACAAUUUCAUGUCGUUAAAAUAAUAAAAGUUCAUUUGUGUUUGAACGUGGGGAAGUUAAAAUGGCACAUAAAAAUAUCGCUUUCGUCCUUCUUUGUCAACGUGAUUCCACAAAUGUUCUCUGCAUCCUGUCACAUUAUCCUCAUAAUCAGCGGGAACUCUAAUAAAAUGUAUGUUUUUAAUUGAUAAAACACUUAGAUAAACAAAAAAUACUGUCAUCGCGAUUUGAAAAAUGAGUGUGGCUGCGCAUGCUAUGUCGCUCGAAAGUCUACCAUCUUCAUUACCAUUUUUCCAGGACAUUGGGGUGCAUCAACGAAGAAAACACGAUCAAACAAAUUUACGCAAGUGGAUUUUUUAUGUGAUACCCUAAAAGUACUCAUUUAAGAACAAAAUACUUUUAAUACUGGAACACUUUGAUUUCAAGUGGAGGUGGAUUUUUUGCGUCCAUCAGUAUACAUGGGAUUUUUUUGAUUAUCUGGAAUAACAUGAGAAUGAAUCACAUUCGUUCGAGCAUUCAAAGAACCAAGAAUGAUUGAAGUAGUAUGCUGUUUCUGUGAUUAAUAAAUUGAUUGUAUCUAAUACGACUCUUAGCUUGUUUGUGGUCCAUGAAAAAAUCAUCAAAGAACAUGGCAUGAAAAUGUGUACAUUGUUAAUAUUUACAGAGUUCGUUUGAGUUGUAGUAUUAGUUCAUUCAGCUAUCUGUUAGAAUCUUGAGUUUUACACCUUAGUCUAGAUACUCUACUAACCACCGGUCAAGAAUGUCAGUAAUGUCAUCAAGCGAGAUUUAGCCUUGGUUGUUAAUAGUAUCCAGCCCUUGAUCACGUGAUCCAGAAUUCGAUUAUAUUUAGGAAUAAUUUCGUGCAAUGCGCGAUAUGCGGACACCACCAAUACGUUAAAGAUCAUCCUCAUAAAUUGCCAAACUGACAGUGAACCGCUCACAUAAUAACUGAAGUGAAGUGAAGACUAGACUUAUGAAAUCAUGGUUACGAUCAUUGGGAAUAGUAUUAUUCUGAACACAAUAGCAACAAUAAAGUUAUGCUUUCAGUGUAGUAGUGACGGCGUGAAUCGAUCUUCGAUUAGAUGUCAAGACGAUUAUUUCUUAGGGCUCAGUGUGUUAUCAAAUUACAAUGAAAACGAGUAGGAAAUACAUGUAUGUUUCUUCCUGCGAUGAAAAUCAAAGUAAAAUCAACGUUAUUGGAUUUCUAAUACUGUAUCAUCGCGACCAACAAAUCCUAUCCGACUACCAAUGUUCAGUGGUAACGAGUACCACUUGCCAGCUAAAUUUCAAAUGAACGCUAUCUUUUAAAUAAAGUAGUACAUAUACACACUGCCAUUCGAAUAAAUAUAUAUUUUUGUGUGACAUAAAAUGCGAUAGCAAAUUUACCGAUAAUGUUGUUAACCAUCUUUCGUGUAGGUAAAUGGACGAAUUGAUUAUUGUUUCUUCUAUCGAACGAGAAAAUGUUAGAUAAACGUAAAAAAACAACUUUUCCCUCGUGCCAAUCGUUCUAGCAUAAUAGUUCAAGUUGUGUUCGGGUGCGACGAGAAAAGAAUUGGGUACGAACUUUCAAUACUACCAUCCAUUUGAGGGAAAAAGCGUUGAAUGCUAUCACAAAAUUAUCUUUUUACAAUCCAGCUAAGAAAAACAACAACCCAACCACAAAUCAUGAACCGUCAUCAUAGAACCCUUUAGUUGCUACUCCUCAAAACACCCUCUGAACAAUAGCAGGAAAAUUCAUAGAGUCGUUUCUUAAGCAGCAAACAAAACGCAUAGAUGCUAGUCAGAGCUACCAUAGUGGGAAAAAGUAAACCUUGCUAAUGCGAUGAAGAUAGCCUAACGACAGAAUGGUAGAAUCAAUUGUAAUAGGAUUUCUUAAGCAUAUGUACAUAAAAUGUGAAACUAAAACAGAACGCAAUACAAUAAACUCCAAUUACGAUUUACUACCACACGGCAGAAACACAAAAUUUGUGGUCGUUGAAAAUUAAUCGAAAAUUUGCGCUUUUAACGAUGGUAUUGAUAAGAACAAAAUUCUUCUGACAUCAAAAACAGUAACGAGGCAAUUUCAGUUUUAAAGAACACAACAAAGCAUCCAAAAAUGGUAGAAUAACACAAUGAUCCGGGAAGACGCGUUAAAUGCGGUUGAAAUAUCAAUAAAUCGACAUUAGAGCUAAUAAGGAAAUUAUCAUACCGAAGAUUAUGAAAACAUUGGUAGCAAGUAGAAUGGACGUUUAACAACACAAAAAAGCGGAAAAAAAUAUUGAAAACAUAUACACACACGCUAUAUAUUUAUACAAACUUUUCAAACAUAAUAAAAAAAUAUUUAAUAAAUACACUUGGGGAAUCGCCCCGCUAG